AUGCCUUACACGCCACCCUCACAUCGAUCUCCCGCUUCGUCAGCCUCCGCAUCGCCCGUAGCGAGUCGGCGGUCGUCGCUACAAUCGAGCCCUCGACCUAGUCUGCCGCGAUCCGCUUCAUAUCUUACAAAGCAUCGACGAACACCUUCAGCUUCAGCCCUCAGCGAUGGAUCGACAGGGACGCUGACACCGCAGGGAACAUCGGAGGAUCUCAAGAGCAUGGGCACAGCUGUUCCUUCAAGCGUGAGACAAUCACCACCGCCCGUCACAGACGAACGCACAAUGCCCAUGGGUGCCAUCAUCUCGCCACCUGAUUCUGCUUCCUCCGGUAGCGACGACGAGGAGCAAGAACCACAAAUUCGAGGUCGAAAGCUUGACAAGGCUCUUCGGGAUGCUGUCAGCCAGAUCCCCAUGCCACGUUCAUCAUCCCCCCCACGAUCACAAUUGCAGCACCAAGACAGCACAGAACAUCUCCAGCUCCGCCGCAAAGAUGGUGUACAUCUCAGCUUCAGCACAAGUGCACUAGGCGAUCUCGCAAAGGGCCGUAAGAUGGGACACGUUCGAUCAGCCACUGAGCCAAACGCUGGCCUCUCCAAGUCAGAUGAUAACUCGAUAUCAGUAUCAGAGGAGGAGUCUGAUGAGGACCUGCUUAAGAAGCCUCAGAUGGUGCGAAAGAAGUCUGGUGAGCUAGUCCGACCUGCCCUCCGUCCUUCUUCCCGACGACGCCCCUCAAGCAUGCCCGGUACCCCCAUCUUCUCCAAGGCUGUUCACUUUGAUUCACACCUCGAGCACGUCCGACACUUCUUGCAAGUGGACCGACCUCUGGCCGUGAGUGCUGGAUCUUCGCCAAUUGACAGCUACGAGAGUGAUACCGAGUAUCCCUUCCCUGGCAAUGGCAAGCAGACAGCCCGCACCCCUCCUUUUGAGUGGGAGAUCCUCACCACAAACUUCCCUCACGACUCAGCCGCACGUAAGUCGUCGCCAGUUCGACUGGAAAAGGUUUGGCUCUCGGCCGACCAGAAGUCCCUUCUUGGCUCUGUGGCUGUCGCCAACAUCGCCUUCUCCAAGGCCGUUACCUGCCGUUUCACCCUGGAUUACUGGAAGACCACAUCGGAGGUUGCCGCUGACUACAGCCACGAAAUCCGCCCCCGGGAAACGCCGCUGGGUCAUGAUCGCUUUACUUUUUCCAUCAAGCUUGCUGACACGGCCAACCUCGAGUCAAAGACACUCUUCCUCUGCAUCCGCUAUACCGUCAACGGACAGGAGUACUGGGACAACAACAGCAGCUCUAACUUCCAGGUCGACUUCCGAAAGAAGCAUCUGCCUAUGAACGGGAAGAACAACUUUCAGGGCGCUUCUUCCCGACCCGCUAAUGGCCUUCCCCGGAGUAGCCGACGCACCAGCAGCGCCAAUGUCCCUCGACCCAAGUCGAUGCCUGUUGGCUUUGGUGAUUUUGGUGACGAUGCUAAGCUCAACUUUGACCAGCCAAUCCACGAGUAUCUCGGCGAGUCUGAGAACAGCACCGGCGGUCUUCGUCUCAAGUCCAAGUCGGCUGGCAACCUUGCUAGCGAUAACCUCUCGAAGGAUUUCGGCUCGCCUAGCGGACUUGCCUUCUCCAACCGUUAUGACUUUGGCGCUUCCCUGAGUGCUGCUGUCCAGGCCGCGAAGGACAAGGAAGCCUCUCAGGAUAAGGAUGGACUUUACAUGAAGGCCAACGUCCGGACUCCCAAGCCCAGCCUCACUGUCCCUGAGCCUGCCACCAACGCUAAGAGCCAGUCUACCACCGGAGCUACCUCUCCCAACUCGACCAUCUCCAGCUCUUCAUAUGAAGAGUUGGUCAACAAGUACUGCUUUGUACGUGCCCCCGAAGUUCGCCCUGCUUCACCCAUCGCUUCUGGUGCCCGUCGCCCAUCCCUGAUCCACCAGAAACUCAGCAUCAGUCUCCAAGGCCUACGGGAUGGCACGGCGACACAGAAGCAAAAUGAAAGAGUUGGUUACUAA